CCAGCUACCGCUAGCCCAGCUAGCAAGCUAGCAACAUGAACCUGAGUGCCUUUAGACUACGUCACUCUCGGUUGGAACCAGUGGCCGUAGCAACAGGAACACUAUUCAUGAGUUGCCUUCCUAGACUCCGGCCGAUCAGGAACGUGUGUGUCAGUCGUCGAACACACCGCACGCACGAGCCAAACAACGGUCAGAACCAGAAGACAGCCAAGAGGUCCAGUUUUGCACCUGUUGCUAGCUCCAAGCAUGACUGGAUUGGCCCCCCAGACAGGCUGUCAAAUCUCCGGCCAAUCAUAUACCAUAUCCCUGAAAAUGAGAGUUCACUUGAGAGACGUUUAAGGCACCUCAGACAAGAGACCGAGGACUGGAACCAUCAAUUCUGGUCAAGUCAGAAUGUCACUUUCAGCAAGGAAAAAGAUGAGUUUAUUCAUAGGUUCCUGAAGGCAAACGGCCUAAGUCGUAGAGAUGAGAACGGGAGGAAGAGAAUGCUGAGCACUGAAGACAUGGCAGUUUUUUACAAAGACUUCUUGGAAAAGAACUGCACCAAACACUCCAAUUAUAACAAGGAAUGGUAUAAACGCAACUUCACCAUCACCCUUCUCAUGGGGAGAGUGGUCCUUCACAGGGCCUGGCGGAGACUGAAGGGGAGAUGGAGUGGCCCCUCGCUGACAUAAUUCUCAAUAAAGUUGGUGCCUGCACACUUACUGCCUGCUUGGAUUGUGUCUGAUGAGGAGUUUGAUGACUUCAAGAGGACAGCAUGGGUAUUUUCACAACAAAGGACAAAAUUUUGUGUGAAUGCAUAUAGAUUAAAUGUCUCUUAAAACUUUUUGUGAAUUUGUGAGCACAGUCUUUGUUUCACGAUCUUGUGUCUCAUCACAAAUUGUUCACAUGUGGUCAUGGCACAUUCUGGUUUUCAGCCUGCUUGCUCAUGUAGGCAAGUUUUCAUGGUGCACAAACAGCUAAACUCAUUUUGAAUCCGAUAGCAAAUCCGCCAUCCAGGUGGGUGGAUCUAAAACUCCCAAGUUUGUUCUACAGAAGUGUUAUUCAUGCUCUUUAUAAUUUCAUUAAAUUUGGAAGAUGUGAAUGGGCUUAGUGAUUUAGAAUUUCAUUUAAUUAAUCAGUUAUCAUUGUACUUGCUUUCCUUUACAGACAUACAGAUUGUAUUAGUUCAUAGCACCGUCCUGACAAUGAUGCCAGAAGCACAUAAGAUCGCAUUUUCAAAUUGAAACAAAAUGGUCUAUGCUGUUUUAACCCUGGAUCGUAAGUGUAUUACCUUUUGGCAAUUGUUAACUGGUUUAUUAGUGCUAGCUAUUUAAAAAGGGAAGUUUAGUGUUAUGGAUAAACAAAGGUGCUUUAGCAGUAACAGCGAAAAUGACUUUACGUUUCAUGCUAUUGCGGUUUAGUAAUACCCUUACAACUUUCUUACUAACGCCAAGCAUUAACUGGGGAAAAUAUGACACGAGUCAUUAGUAUGCAUGAAAGGCCGGAGACUCCGACAAAGAUGCUCUGUGACAAAAUGUAAAUAGCCUGAAUGUCUGUAAAUACCUAAAUGUACAUAAAUGUAUUGGGAAUUUGCCCUUUAAUGAAGAAACUAUCUAUUUGAAGAAAUAAAUAACGCUGAACAAAA